UUUUUCUAGGAAUCAAAAUUUAAAGAAACAGGUGUCUUAACUCCAGAAGAAUUUAUUAUAGCAGGAGAUCAUCUUGUUCAUCAUUGUCCUACUUGGCAGUGGGCUGUUGGAGAAGAAUCGAAACUCAAAACUUAUUUACCAAAGGACAAGCAAUUUUUAGUGACUCGAAAUGUUCCAUGUUAUAAACGUUGUAAACAAAUGGAAUAUUCAGAAGAGCAAGAAAAAGUAAUUGAAGCAGAUGAUGAAGAUGGUGGGUGGGUCGACACUCACCAUUAUGCAGAGAGUGGUUUGCCUGCUGUUACUGAACAGAUUCAAGAAAUGACAUUGGAUACCAAAGCAUCAUCUCAAACUGCUGCCAAUGCUCAACAAGAUGAUGAUGACGAUGAGGAUGAUGAGGAUGAAGAGGCCGAAGAUAUGGAUGCUUUUGUAGAAAGUGGAAUGCUAGACACAGUUGAUGAGGCAACUCUCGAUAAUAUGACCACGAAAAAGGAACUGCAGUCUCUAGAGGUGGGAACCAGUCCUUCUGAUGGAAUCAUACAGACAAGAACAUAUGAUUUAAAUAUUACCUAUGAUAAAUACUAUCAAACUCCUCGUCUGUGGUUAUUUGGUUAUGAUGAGAAUAGAAAACCUCUUACAAUAGAAGAAAUGUAUGAAGAUAUUAGUCAAGAUCAUGCAAAAAAGACAGUUACAAUGGAAAGUCAUCCUCACUUACCUGGACCUCCAAUGGCUUCUGUUCAUCCUUGCAGGCAUGCCGAAGUUAUGAAAAAAAUAAUACAGACAGUGACAGAAGGAGGAGGAGAUUUGGGCGUUCAUCUUUAUCUUAUAAUAUUUCUUAAGUUUGUACAAGCCGUCAUUCCGACAAUAGAAUACGAUUAUACACAGAAUUUUUCAAUGUAAAUUUAUAAUUCAAUUUAUUCUGUAAUUAAUGUGUAAAUUAAAAAUCUAUGUAAUGAAAAUAAGAGAAGAAAAUGGACCAGCUAUAAUAUUUUCUACAAUAUAAAGUCCAUAUAUUUUGAUAAUUAAAAGAAAAGUGCGUGACUAUCAAAAGUAAAUGUUAAUUAAUUGAAGAAAUAUUUUUAAAAUGUUUUGAUCUUAAUGUCGGAAGAAUAAAUUUUAAUCAUUUCCUGUACGAUCUUUAAUUUUAUUCAGAUUGUUCAACUGGACAUGGUGACGAUUGAUGAUAUAAAUAAUCCAUGCAGAUUAAAAUAAAAUUUAGAUUAUAUAAAAUUCCUAAAAUUAUCAUUUCUCUUUCUAUUAAACAAUUUUGUAAAUUUGUCAAUGUGUAAUUCUUUGCAGUUUGCACAAUUUACAAUAAUUGCUUAAAAUUGUAACUUGUUGUGCCUAGUAAAUCAAUUAUAUUCUGUUACUCAGCAUUGAUUUAAGUAAUACUUUUACAUGUAUAUUGAUAUUCCAUUUAUACACAUAUUAUUGUAAUUUUCCAAAUGGCAAAGGAAUAAAAUCUUUAAUUCAUUUUUGUAA